UUCACAUUUACAUGCGAACACGACGCAGUCGCGCAGGCGGUGUGUGGGUGCUCAUCAGGAAUACCUUCUAUUGCGAAGUGCUGCGAAGCUCUUGGGGAGUACAAAAUAGAGAGGCAACGAGACGCUAUAUUCGUUUCGUUUUAACUUGUUUUUGUCACCGUUAUCUCUCGCGAUACUCCUGAUAUCGCGUUCCUGCCUCCCCCGUAUUUUCUCAAUGUGCCUUUCUGAGUUCGAGGUUACGUUGUCAGUCGCGAUCUGAAGCGAUCAUUCUGAUAGGUAUGGUAGAAGAUAAAAAGUACGAGAUCGGAAGUCGUAUCGAGUGUGAUGGAUAUCGAGGUACAUUGAAAUACGUUGGAUCCGUCGGGGACACUAAAGGAGAGUGGUUGGGCAUAGAUUGGGACGAUCCAACUCGUGGCAAGCACAAUGGCACAUACGAAGGCAUGGAGUAUUUUCAAGCCAGACAUUCCACAUCAGGAUCCUUUAUACGACCGGGCAAAGCCAAGUUUGGGAUAUCUUGUCCACAAGCUAUUGAAAUGCGCUAUGGACUAAUUGAUGAUGAAUUAGCAGGCAUAGACAGAGGCGAGGUGUCAAGUUUAAGAAAGGAAAUCAACGCACCAUUCUUGGAACUGGUUGGCUUCUCCGAAGUGAACAAGAAGCAGAGCAAGUUUGAUGAGUUGAAGAUAGCUUGGCUGAGAGAUCAGCGAGUCUCUAAUGCAGGAAAGCCAGGGGAAUUGGAAGAAUUGUGUCCUAAUUUGGAAGAUUUGGAUUUAUCUAAAAAUUUAAUAAACUCAUGGAAAAUCAUAGCAGAGAUAUGUUCUCAGCUUUGUUCUCUGGUAUUUCUUAAUGUCAGUGAAAAUUAUUUACCUAUAGAAGAUGUGGCAACACUAGAAGAUUCAUUUCCAACCGUUAGGCUCUUAACCAUAGCUAAAAUGAAUUAUAACUGGUCUGAUAUUCGGCAAUGUAUAUCAAUCUUUCCAUCGAUCGAAGAACUAUCAGUCUCCUUUAAUGUUAUUUCGACUAUAGAUGAGAUAACAGUAAAUACUGAUUUAAUGAAAAUAAGUACACUAAUACUCGAAGGAAAUCUAAUAUCAAGUUGGGACGAGAUACUUAAAUUAGGUUCCCUUCCAUGCUUAGAAAAUCUUAAUGUGAGUUCAAAUAAAAUAGAUAGAAUUGUGUUUCCGUCUUCGGCAUCAACGCAUAAAACUGCGCUAUUUCCUAAGCUAUAUCAGUUGAAUAUUUCGGAAAAUAACAUAUCAGAGUGGCAGUCAAUUAGCGAAUUGGAUAAGCUAUCCAAGUUAGAUGAUUUAAAGUUCAGAGAAAAUCCUGUUUUAAAGAACAAAUCUAUAGAGACUGCUCGACAAUUGAUAAUCGCAAAAAUAGAGAACUUAAUGCAUUUGAAUGGUACAUUGAUAUUUCACGAUGAAAGGAGAGGUGCUGAAUAUGAUUAUUUAAAAUUGUAUUUACCUAUAUGGCUAGAAACCGAAAAUAACCCAGAGAAGAGAAUGACAUUUAUAAAUGAACAUCCGCGAUAUCCUAUCUUAGUUGAUAAAUAUGGGAUUGCGGAUAUUCCUUCGAUUAGGCCGAAAGUAGAAUUCAUUUCUAAUGUGAUAACUGUGGAUUUUGUAUGUCCGGAUGAUCCGAGUCACAAGAUUAAAAGGAAGUUGUUUAAAGAUAUGGAUGUUCAAAAAAUGAUUGGAGUUGCGCAAAGACUCUUCAAAACUGAUGGAAAGAUCCCGACUCUUUCAUUUAUUCCACGGAAUCAUUCGAGCGAUGAAAUACCAUUGGAUAAACCACUGCAAAAAGUUAGUUACUAUUCAAUACAAGAUGGUGAUCAGAUUAUUGUGAGAUGGUAAUAUCGAAUAAAUUAUAUUUAUAAAUACGAUUGUAUUUUCUCCGCUGUUAAAAUUCGCUCUAUGAUACUUUGUUGUUAAAAGUUUUUUAACUGCAUCUCAUGUUCUUGAUGGAUCUUGCCGAGAAUGCGGAACUUGAUGAUGUAAGCUUAAGUCAACGAGAUAAAUACUCAUCAUUGGAAAAAA